UUUGUUUUCUUUAUAUUUCUUUCUUGCUUCCCCUCCACUUUCCUCCAUUUCUCUCUCUCUCUCUCUCUCUCCCCUUCGUUUGAGCUUCCAUCACCCUUUAUCUUUCUGGGUUGAGUGAAUCGCAAGAACAAACCACAACCCACAUUUUCUUUCACCUCCCAAGUCUGUUUUCCUAGCAGUUUUCCCGAGAAAAAAAAUCCUUGCUUUUCUAACGGAUUCCUGGCUGUUUCUGUUGAAACUUAGCAACUCGUUUGUGUAGUUAUCGUUCCUUUUCUCUACAAACCUUUGAAUUGAAUUAUCGAAUUCGGUGAGAUGGAAGAGGAGAAGAUGUUUCCGGGGUGGAAUUCUUCGACUUUCGGGAUGGAGAUUCAGUCCAAUGAGCUGAAUUGUGGGUUUUUGAAUCCCAAUUGGGAGAAUUCGAUGGAUCAGAGCGAUCCCUUUGAGUCGGCCUUGAGCUCCAUAGUGUCGUCACCGGUGGCCUCCAAUGCCGGCGGCGACGGCAUCGUGCUCAGGGAACUCAUCGGCAGGCUGGGAAGCAUCUGUAACUCCGGCGAAAUCUCACCGGAACCCUACAUUGCCGGCAAUAACAGCACCAACAAUUCCUGCUAUAGCACGCCGUUGAACUCUCCACCGAAGCUCAAUCUCUCGGUCAUGGAUCACCAAAUGAAAGGCAAUUUCCCAAUUCCUGGAAAUAAUCUCCCAAACCAUCCAAAUUUGACGCCUUUUUCUUCAGAUCCUGGAUUUGCAGAGAGGGCCGCAAGGUUUUCCUGCUUUGGCAGCAUGAAUCAUGGAGGGCUGAAUGGCCAAUUCAGGCUCAAUGAAGCCGAGUUGCCUCCUAGAAUGGAGCCAGGAAUGGUUUCUAGGGUUUCUGGGAACCAUUCUGUGAAGUUCCCUGGAUCCCAAAUGGGUGGAAAUUCGGGUUCUGACAAGAAAUUCAGCAGGCUGUCAAGGUCUUCGACGCCUGACAACGCCGAAUUCGGCGAUUCGAGGGAGGAAUCUUCGAUUUCUGAGCAGAUCCCGGGUGGGGAAAUUGGGAUCAAAGUCCAGAGUGAUGCCAAUGGCAGGAAGAGAAAAGCAGUUCCUAAGGGGAAAGCAAAGGAAAAUCCUUCACCUAAGGCUGCAGCAGAGAGUGAUGAAUCCAAUGCUAAGAGAAGCAAAUCAGAUGAAGCCAAUGGAAAUGAGAAGGAUGCUGCAAAAGCAAAAUCAGAGGCAAAUGAUAAUGGAAACCAGAAACAAAGCAAAGAGAGUGCAAAGCCACCAGAACCUCCAAAGGACUAUAUCCAUGUCAGAGCCCGGCGGGGACAAGCUACCGAUAGCCAUAGUCUGGCCGAAAGAGUUCGAAGGGAGAAGAUCAGUGAAAGGAUGAAGUUCCUGCAAGAUCUUGUACCCGGCUGCAAUAAGGUGACUGGGAAGGCUGUUAUGCUCGAUGAAAUCAUAAACUACGUGCAGUCACUGCAGCGUCAGGUUGAGUUCUUAUCGAUGAAACUAGCAACUGUAAAUCCAAGGACGGGUUUUGACAUGGAGGCUCUUCUGUCCAAGGAUAUCUUUCAGUCUCGUGGAUCUGAGCCACACAAUAUGUACCCGUUAGACUCCACAUCGCCUUCAUUCCCAUUCGGGUACUUAUCUCCUCAAGGCCCAUCCCUGGACAGUGGCAUAUCUAAUGGAACAGAGACUGCCUUCUCAGUCCACUCUCUGAACGCUGGGAUGCAGCGAAAUCCAACUAUGCAAGUGCCUGCAAUCGGUGGAUUUAGCGAGGCUGCCUCUCAGCAUUCAACGUUCUGGGGGGAUGACCUCCAAAGUGUUGUUCAGAUGGGUUUUGGCCAAAACCAGCCACAGAACUUUCAUGGGACAGUGGCAACAGGGCAAAUGAAAGUGGAGCUAUGAUUCGCCCAUCACCCAUAAUCAACAUUGUUAAAUUCAUUUGAGGCCCCAUGUGAGAGUGGCUUCUGUAUAUACAGAGACAUGGAACAAACUUGGAUUCUGAGACAGAGGACAUCUUCCUUUUAGUCUUUUUUUUUUUUUUUUCGUCUAUAUAGCAAUUGUUUCAGACUGAUACUUUGGGAGACUUCUUAUCAGAAAAUCCAUUGUAAACUCAUUAGGACUAAUUGCAACAUGUAAGAUGAACAAGGUAAGAGUUGUGUUGAAAGAAGAGAGAGAGGAGGGGAGAGAGAGAGAUGGUCAUCUAAGCUUUUGUUCCAUACUUGUUCUUCACAUUUUCUUACCAUUCAGAAAUGUUAUUAUUAAUCCAUUGAGACAGUUAGCCUAUGGGAAAAAUCUUUCUUUCCCUUUUAAGCAGGAAGUUUCUGUUUAGAUUGGGGAUCUUAGCUCAAUCAUUCCAAUGCUGAAAAGCGUUGUAGAA